AAAAUAAGAAUUAUAUAUUUAUAUGCAGUAUAUUAUAAGUUAAGGAUGCAAUCAGAAGCAUAUCAAACAAAUUUACAGUGUUCAGGAGAAACAAGCCAUAAAUUAGGAAUUAAAGAGGCUAAAUCAACAUCUAAAACGUCUUUAAUAGAUCAAAUACCUAUAUUAACACUUUCAAUUCCAUCUAGAAGAUCAAUACCACAUAUCUUUGAUGCAACGCGAAUAACAGAUAAUUCGGAUAAUUCUCAUAAUGAAAAUCAAGAUUUCAAGGGAAUAUUAGAAGAAAAUGGAUCACCGGAUCCAUUUUCAUAUAAUAGAUCAUAUUUCACUAAAAUUAUGUUAGAUGAAGUCUGGCAACGGUCAGCUCAUUCAGAUGAGAUUAUAGAACUUGAAAAACUAGGGGAAGGAAUUAGUGGAAGUGUUAGUAAAUGCAUUUUGAAGAAUACAGGAACAUUAUUUGCUCUUAAAACGAUUCUUGUAGAUACAAAUCCAGAGAUUCAACAGCAAAUUUUAAGAGAGCUUUCUAUUAAUAGAACAUGUUCAUCUGAAUAUAUUGUUCAAUAUUAUGGUACAUUUGUGGAUGAGGCAAGCUCAAACAUUUCUAUGGCAAUGGAAUAUUGUGCAGGUGGAUCAUUGGAUAGAUUAUAUAAAAAAGUAAGAGCAAAUGGAGCACGCAUAGGAGAAUAUCCGAUUUUAAAAAUUGCUGAAAACGCUUUAAAGGGAUUAAAUUAUCUACAUACUCGCAAAAUUAUUCAUAGAGAUAUUAAACCAUCUAAUAUUUUAAUGACAUUAGAAGGUCAGGCAAAAUUAUGUGAUUUUGGAGUCUCUGGAGAGCUUGUGAGUUCGAUGGCAAAAACAUUUACAGGAACAUCUUAUUAUAUGGCACCAGAACGAAUAAAAGGAGAAACAUACAGUAUAACAUCAGAUAUUUGGUCUCUUGGGCUAACAUUAAUGGAAAUUUCUCAAAAUAGAUUCCCUUUUCCACCUGAAGGAGAACCUCCCUUAGUACCUAUUGAACUCUUAAAUUAUAUUGUAAAUAUUUCAAACUUUGAACUCGUCGAUGAACCAGAUAAUAAAAUAAAAUGGUCAGAAGAUUUUAAACAUUUCCUAAAAACUUGUCUCGAAAGAGAUGGAGCAAAAAGGCCUAAUUCUCAACGAAUGUUAGAACAUCCUUGGGUAAUGAAACACAGUAUUAUUAAAAUUGAUAUGGCAAAAUGGAUAAAACAAAUUUUAGAACUACCUUUAUGAGAAGAACAUUUUUUU